CCUAACGUCUAAAACCAACCCCAAGAAGCAAGUUCUCUCUCUCUCUCUCUCUCUCUCUCGGUGGCAGAGCAGCGAGCAGAGCGGAAUGGGGGGUGCAAUGAGAAAGAAUUUGAAGUGCGAGCAGCGAGAGGGCGCAGCAGAGCUAAAGCAGGAAAUUCAGCGCCUGCAAGCAGAGGUAGAGCGGCUGAGGAACGAGAGGGAGGAGGACCAAAGCGCACGAAGGAAGGAGCUGGCGGCGAAGCAGGCGGAGUGGAGUCGGGAGAAGAAGCGGCUGGAGGAGGAGGUGAGUGCCCUGGCCAGCAGCCGCGGGCGACGCUGCUGGGGAGGAGAGGAGGGAGUGCAGAUGCUGGAGAUGAAGGAGAGCGAGUGGUCCCACAUACUGGCGGAGCAGAUGAAGGAGCAGAAGCAGCGGGAGGAGGCCGUCGAGAAAUGGAAGCGCCUCUACCUCGCCAUCAAGAACGAGCUCGACCAACUCAUUCAGGCCACCGCCCUCCUCUCCAACCCUUAUCAACAAGGAGAAGAAAAUUUCUGCAUAGAGUGGUUGAGGGGAGAGCUGAAGGCAAAGGAGGAGGCCAACGCGGAAUUGAAAGCGAAGGUUGCGGAGGUGGAGAAGGAGAGCGCAAGACGAGAAAGAGAGAUGGACAUUCUGAGGCAGAGCCUCCGCAUCAUGACCACCAGAUGCAGCAGCAAUCGGCAGUUCAUGUAGCACCGACCUUCUCAGGAGCCUGGGAUCGUCACUGGUUCAUCAUCCAUUGCCAAGACAAUGGACAGCGAGGAUUCACCUACUCUCUCAUCGUCACCAAAUGAACAAGAGAAUUACAGGGUACAGUUUACACUGUCAGACAUGGAAAACUGUUACCCGAUAGGUACAUAUCAUUUAAAACGUGUCUAUAGAUUUAUAUCAUAAUGUAUGGUACCAACUCCUCCUUCCACAACCA